AUGCCGCCCAGUAUGGCCGGACCGUCGCUGGUGUGGCAGCCGCCUCCGCCAAGGCGUCCUCCUCGGCGAGGCGGCGGCUGCCUCGCGGCCCUCGGCCCCCACGCGGCGCCCCUGGCGGUGGCCUGCCUGCCGCUGUGGGGGCCGAGCUGGGAGGGCGCGCCCGCGAACCCCGCCAGCGAGCAGCUGGAGGGCUCCUCCAGGACGCUCGGGCUGAAGAUCCGGCUGGUAGGUAUCUGCGCCGCCACGACGUCCGCGGCGUUCCUUGAGAUCCUGCUAGGCGAUCCUCUGAGCGGCCUGAUCGACAGCCUGAUAUCCGCCCUGGGCGUCACGGGCUCCGCGCCAGAGGGCUCUCGGUACCUGUCUAGCUACGUCGUGCUUGGUGUCGCCAACGGCACCAUGCGCGUUUUGCUGGGCUUCGACUUCGCCUCGCGCGCUGGCGUGUUACGAGCGUUUCUGGCUCCAGUCCUGGCUGGCAAGCUGGUGCCGCUGGUUGCUGUGGCGUCGCCAGUGCUCAUGUUUGCAGGCGUCUGGACCGCAACGAGGCUGCAGCAGGAGCGCCGCGGCAUGCAUGCACUGGCCGCCGCGGGGGUGGUGCUGCCGGGAGCGCCGGCGGCAG